AUGGAUGCGCCGGUGCAAUCGUAUCAGUUAAUAAUUAACAAUUUUUCUUCUUCUUGUUCUUCCAGAUCGGAUAUAGAAUACACGACAAAUUCGUCGAAGACAUUCUUGAAAAUCCCGGACGUGAAACUGGAGGACGAAGGUCUUUACAAGUGCGAGGCUACAUACUUGGCUGUGACUCGAAAGUGCAAUAACGUUCAGCAUAUCAUACUUAACGUCACCGUGCAACCUGCAUUCGUACGUGUCAUCGACGAGAACACGAAGAACACGUUAAGCACCGGUGCCACUUUAGGACCUAUAAACGAAGGUUCGCCGAUUUCCUUGUACUGCGAGAGCGGCGAAGGGAAACCAGUGCCUACGGUCGAGUGGUUUAAAAACGACCAGCCGCUGGAAGCGAUCAGUUCGACGACGGUGGCCGAGAACGGGAUCGGGAACGCGAGCAGCCAGCUGCAGAUGCAAAUCACACGCGACGAGCUGAACUCAACUUUCACGUGUAAAGUAAACAGUACGGCACUGGUCGAGCCACUGACCGUCGAUAUCAAGCUGGAUGUCCAUGUUCGACCGCUGAAGAUGGAUUUGAACGGUGUGGUGGGCCACGUGGUACAAGGGACGAAGGUUUUGCUCGAGUGUACCGUGCGAGCAGCCAGGCCCGCGGCGAACAUCACCUGGCAAAACGGUACCGAGGUCCUGAACGAAAGUAACGACAGACUCCAAAUGCACGAGACGAAGGUCGAGGAGAACAAGGAUGGCACGUUGCAAACCACGAGCUCUCUGGCUUUCACGGCGUCCGUGUACGACAACGGAAGAACGUUCAAAUGUUACGCUGAGAACUCGGUCACGCGUUCCGAGAACAUGAAACCGAUGAUAGAGUCGAUGACCAUCGAAGUUCUGUAUCCGCCUAUAGUAACGAUGAAGCCGGAGAACAUCACUGUAAACGAAACCGAGGAUUUUAUAGUGUUCUGCGACUACGAAGCGAACCCGGCCAGUCUGACAAAGGUAGCGUGGUAUCGAGACGACAAGGAAUUAAUUCUAACCGACGACCACUAUGAAGGUGGUAUCACGGAACAAACGGCUCUUACCGUGAAAAAUUCGACCCCCAGCGACAUGGGCUCUUACAAGUGUGUAUUAGACAAUAACGUUGGUUCAUCAAAUUCGGACGACAUCGUUCAGGUCUCCGUGCUGUACAAGCCGGUGGUCAAGGUGAUAAUGGAGCCGGAAACGCCGGUGAACGAGGCGGACCGGCAAAACGUCUCGCUGACCUGCGAGGUUGUUACUGGAAAUCCGGCAAGCCUGACCGCCGUCCGAUGGUACUUGGACGGGGACCUGCUGAAAGAACUUCCGGAUUGCACGAGAAACAGCAGCGCGACCACCACGACCACCGAGGAAUCUUUAAUUUUCUGCGAUAUCGAUCCGAGCAAGCUGCUGCUGGAAGCGGUGGGUCGUUCCUUUCACGGCAACUACUCUUGCGAGGGUAGAAACGACGCUGGCUGGGGACCACUUUCACCGAGUGCACCUGUCAUGGUCCAUUACAAACCUGGCCCAGCAUCGAUCUCGUACGAACCGAAGCAGGUAAUAAAGAAACGCCCGUUAACGAUCACGUGCUUCGUACUGGAUCCAGGACGUCCGAAAGUAGUUGGCUUCAAAUGGUUGCGAGGCCUCCACAGACUCCCGGAUGAAAACAACGCGACCCUAACCAUCGAGUCGGUUAAUUUGGAAACCGAGGCGAACUUCACUUGUCUGGCUUACAACGAAGCCGGCGACGGCGACCCGGCUACCACGUUUAUCGACGUGUCUGCGGCGCCAGCGUUUAUCAAGAAGCUUCUCCCUUACAACGGCUUCGUGUACAACGCGCCGAACGUUAGCCUGAUGUGCUGGGUGGAGUGCGCCCCGAUGUGCAAUAUCUCGUGGCUGAAGGACGGCGUGCCGAUGAACUUCGCGAAAACGAACCGAUACUACCUGUCGAACGUUUAUCAUCCGCCUGAUCCGCGAACGAACGACUUCGAGAGCAUCCAGUCGACCCUGGUGUGGAACCUAACCGCCUGGCCGAGCGGCCAGCUGAAUCGCGUCGAGGACAACGUCAGAUUCACCUGCGAGAGCAGCAGCAACAGCAUCGGCCCCGGGGUGAAGAGCAGCACUCAGUUCAACGUGGAAUUCCCGCCGGAGAACAUGACGAUAUCAAAGAAAAUGAUAAACGUGACGGUGGACACGAUACCGGAAACGGUGACCUGCAACGCGAGAGCGCAGCCGGAGCCAACCUAUCGUUGGUUUCGGGAAGGUUCCUGGUCGGACACCAUCAUCUACGGCCGUGUUCUCGACCUGAAGAUAGCGGUGCCACGGCGCAGCAACGGGACAUACUACUGCGAGGCGUCGAAUCGCCACGGCAGCCGUAACAUCUCCAUGAUCAUGAAUGUUCAAUUUAAGCCAGAAUGUCACGUGGAAAGGGAACGAAUAGACGGAGAGGAUUACGUGGUGUGCUCGGCGACGGCCAAUCCGAAGGAGACCGAUUUCGUUUGGUCGUUGAAGAGUGACAAUGACACGCUGGAGCAGAUCGCCGAGACGCGCAAUGGGAAGAGCUACAUCCGCCUCGAUACGUCGGUAACCAAUUUCCGGACGUACGUUUGCGUUGCUAACAAUUCGAUCGGCCACUCGAAUCCCUGCGAUCGCGACGUACCAGCUCACCACGGACAUCGAAGUCACAUACCAUGGUGGCAUCCUUUGGAAGGAAAUCUUCUUCUGAUCGUCAUCGUUGUCGCGGUUGUCCUUAUACUUGUGAUGAUCAUAUUGUGCGUGGUGAUCUUCAUCGUCUGUCGGCGCAAACGGAAUCAAAUGAAAUACAGUAAUCGGGUGGUCGAGCUGGAGGAACGCGAACAUCCAGACGGUGGGCCACCGAGUCCGACGGUGUCCUCUCAUUCGACCCAAACGCCGGUACACCCGACGGCUGCGCCAAGAUGGCCACUGAAACCGGGCGUGUUGGUGCACAUCAAUCGGAGCCACAGCCUGAGGUCAGGGCUGAGCGUUCGCGCGAACGAGUCGCUGCGAAACGAGCUGAUGAACAGGCGUAACGACGACGAGCCGACCAUCGCCGAUCGUUUCAUCGUGGAGACAACGAUCGCGAAGGUCGCCAACGGUGGCAAAGUGUUUCGAAGACGGAAGGAGAACGGGCAGAGAAGCGUGGCCGUGUCCGGUCUGCAUGACGAGGGUAUGCUCGCCAGGGCUAAUAAAAUUAAGGCGAUGUUUGGAGUGCAGCUUAAAGAGCAGGCCACUCUGCCGGGCAUUUCCAGAGAGAAGACAGCUGUGACUUACAAAAGAAUAGCGCCGCGACAGCGGAUACUGCAUGCAGAGCCAUCGUGCCAGCCGAAUCGAGGCAACGUCUCCCGUAAGCGAAAGAAACCAGGCGCAGAUCCCAAUCAAGCUGCGAAUAACAAUCACGUGAACAGCGUGUCGGAGGGACUUCCGGAGUCCGGGGCGAAGACGUUUUACGAGAAUCUACCCUUCCACGGGAUCCAAGCGCCGCCUAACAAGUUGGUUUCCCCUAUGUUUGCUCGAGUUUCGGCUUUGCAUGGCACGUUGCAUCACCACCAUCGUCAUCAUCACCGUUCGUUAUCGAGCUCGCCGUGUCCCUCGCGGCCACCUAGCAGAACGGUGUCGCUGUGCGACGCCAGUUCCGGUUACGAGUCGACCAGGAGCCACCUAGGGCCCCACUAUAGCGACUACAACAUGCCCAGGAACAAUUCGCCCGUGCUGAGGUACAACAGCCUGAAGCCACGCCGUAGGAAGCACAAACGUUCGCAGUUCUACUCGCUGAGGUUGUGCCGCAAGCACGAGAGCGACGUGCACAGGAAGUAUCAGCUCUACGCGAUACCGAUAUACAAGUGCCCGCAUAAAAACGGUAGCACCAGCACGAUCACGACGAUCGUCAGGUCCGGCACGCCGUCGUUGUCGAAUCAGUCAGCCAAUCAGCCGGAUCAGAAUGAAAAUCCCAACGAGAAUGAAAAUUCCAACGAUAGUCGAUGUUCGAGCAAGGAGCAAUCCGGUGAGAAUCGGUCGCAGUGUUCGACAGCGGCGCCAACGCCGCCGAUCCCAGCGCCGAGAAAGUUAAGGAAGACAGAUCCCUCGAAGCACACCUAUCAAAACGUCCCCCCUCCUGUUUUUCCACCGGGAAACGCCUCGUUGCCCAGGACCAAGACCGACAGCCUAUACAACUACAAAGAACACUACCAGCAGCAACACCGGCAGGAGAUGCAGCAGUACAGCUACCCGUUACCGAGCAACAGUUCCAGCCAACUAACACUGCCACUAACGCGCAGCCUCUACCAUUCCUCGAUAGUUAGCCCUUUGCAGACCUCGUACGUGCAUGCGAACAGCCGGCCACCGGCCAUCACGCAGCAGCAGCAGCAGCAGCAGCAGCAGCAACAACAACACGAGAACCAUCAUCCGUCGAUGGUGGCGCAUCCGGACGAGGAGCAACAGAAUUACGCGAACCACGACUCAGCCACGAGGCAACCGCCACGUCGCCACUCGGGCAACCGAUCGAGCGACCGAAGUCAAAAGUACAGAAAGCACAAGCGUAGCGAGCAGCGGAAGCAGAAGCAAAGGCGGCCGGAAGCGUCGAGGAGGGCGGACGCGUACGCGGGCAGCAAUACGCCCUCCUGCGAGACGAGCUUCCACCAGGUGCAAGAGCUCGGUAUACCCGAGACGUACAAAAUCGCCUAUCCGCACUACUACGAGGACGACAUCGCGGAGUGUCCGCCCGCCGACUAUCACAGAUCGAACCCGGGCUCCCGCCAGCAGAUCUGGGAACGACAGUCGAAUCGUUGCCCGCCGGAGAGCACGCACUACGCGGACACCGGCGACACGAAGAACCGGAACAAGUCGAAGAGGAUGUCGUCGAAUCUCGGCGACGGACGAUCGCCGUCCGCGCCCACGAUAAUGCAGUACGCCGAGCUACACUUCCGGGACGUCGGUCAGGAGAUCGACGUCUAAAAGGAGGGUCAGCGGACAAAGAGCGAUACGUACAUUUACUAGGACAUUUUGGCGUCCGACAUGCCUUCCCUUCAAGCCGGAAUUUUCGGAUCUCGACUACGCGGACGUGGACUACCGCUCCUACGGGCCG